AUGAAGAAGUUCUUCGGUAUCGGGAAGAAGAAGAAAAGCGGGCCCUCUCCCAGCCCUUCGGAGAGCGGCAGUGUGCUGUCUGUGGGCUAUGAGUUGAAGGACAAGGACCUCAGCAAGUUGCACCGGGCUGCCUCCGCCGGAGAUGUCCCCAAGAUCAGGCAGCUGCUGCACAAGCAGGACAUCAACCAAGUGGAUAAAGAGAACCGGACACCUUUACAUCUUGCUUGUGCUAAUGGACAUAUGGAUGCUGUGAGGUUGCUGGUAGAUAGCAAGGCAAAGAUAAAUCUUUGUGACAAUGACAAUCGAACUCCUUUGAUCAAGUCUAUACAGUGUCAGCAUGAACACUGUGCUACUGUUUUAUUAGAGCAUGACGCAGAUCCCAACAUCGUAGAUGUCAAUGGAAAUUCAGCCCUUCAUCUUGCUGCUCUUAUUCCAUCGCUGGCCAUAGCAAAUCAGCUACUGGAACAUGGAGCGAACAUUAAUGCUGUAAAUAAAGUAAGUAUUACUUUGUAUCUGCUACAUUGUUAA